AUGGCACAGAGCGUCCUCAAGCAGAAGAGCGGCGUCAUCUACGGCGACGACGUCAAGAACCUGUUCAAGUACGCACAGGAGAAGAACUUCGCUAUUCCAGCAAUCAACGUCACAUCCUCUUCCACGGUCGUAGCUUCCCUCGAAGCUGCCCGUGACGCCAAGGCACCACUUAUCCUCCAGUUCUCUCAAGGUGGUGCAGCCUACUUCGCCGGAAAGGGCGUCGACAACAAGGACCAGUCUGCCUCCAUCCAGGGCUCCAUCGCCGCAGCACACUAUGUCCGCGCCAUUGCACCCGCAUACGGCAUUCCGGUCGUGCUCCACACCGACCACUGCGCAAAGAAGCUCCUCCCAUGGCUCGAUGGCAUGCUCGAUGCUGAUGAGAAGGAGUUCAAGGCCUCCGGCACCCCACUCUUCUCCUCGCACAUGAUCGAUCUUUCCGAGGAGCCAGUCAAGGAGAACAUCGAGACCACCGCCCAGUACCUCAAGCGCGCUGCACCAAUGAAGCAGUGGCUCGAGAUGGAGAUCGGUAUCACCGGUGGUGAGGAGGACGGUGUCAACAACGAGUCCGUCGACAACAACUCUCUCUACACACAGCCAGAGGACAUUUACGACAUCUACAAGGCUCUCUCGCCAAUUUCGCCAUACUUCUCGAUCGCCGCCGGUUUCGGUAACGUGCACGGUGUCUACAAGCCAGGCAAUGUCAAGCUUAGGCCAGAGCUCCUCCAGAAGCACCAGAAGUACGUCCAGGAGAAGGAGGGCACCAAGGAUGAGAAGCCAGUCUUCCUUGUCUUCCACGGUGGCUCCGGCUCCAGCAAGCAGGACUACCUUGACGCCAUCAGCUACGGUGUCUGCAAGGUCAACCUCGACACCGACCUCCAGUACGCCUACACCGAGGGCAUCCGCGACUACAUGAUCAACAAGAAGGAAUACGUCAACUCGCAAGUUGGCAACCCAGAUGGCGAUGACAAGCCAAACAAGAAGUACUACGACCCAAGAGUGUGGGUUCGCGAGGGAGAGAAGACCAUGUCGAAGCGUAUUGCUGUCGCGCUCCAGGACUUCAACACUGCUAACCAGCUGUAA